CUCUCGCAUUCUCAUUCUCCAAAAGAUCAUCACGCCCUCUCCGUGAUUCGAGAUCGAGAGAGAGAGAGAGCUCCGAUCGCCGGAUCUCAUGGUGAUGACGAAGAAGUCGAAGGGGAGCCACGAGAGCGAUGAGAUCGAGUACGAGGUGGAGGUGAAGGAGUCGAUGAUGGAUCAGUCUCAGAAGCGAAGAUCUUGCCUUAUUCUCUCCAGAUGGACCAGAUAUGAAUCCAAUGAGGUGAUGGAGAUCAAAGCCGAGAAGCUCUUCGAUCGCCUUCUCAUCCACCCUGAAAACAGGUGGUACCAAAUAUGGACGCAGUUCAUACUAGUUUGGGCAGUAUACUCCUCCUUCUUCACUCCGUUGGAGUUCGGCUUCUUCCGUGGCCUCCCAAAGAACCUUGUCUUCCUCGACAUCGCCGGCCAGAUCGCCUUCCUCUUCGAUAUCGUCGUUCAUUUCUUACUCGCCUAUAGAGACUCCAACACUUACCGCAUUGUCAGCAAUCCUUCCUCCAUUGCUCUCCGCUAUGUGAAGUCUGGAUUUGUUUUGGACUUUCUUUCCUGCUUCCCCUGGGAUGCCAUCUACAAGGCCUGUGGAGAAAAAGAAGAAGUGAGAUAUCUCUUGUGGAUACGUCUAUUUCGAGCUCGCAAAGUGACUGAUUUUUUGGAAAAGCUGGAGAAGGAUAUCAGAAUUAAUUACUUGUUUAUCAGGAUUGUGAAACUCAUAGUUGUUGAACUCUAUUGCACUCAUACAGCAGCAUGCAUUUUUUAUUACUUAGCAACAACUUUGCCUCAAUCCAUGGAAAGGUAUACAUGGAUAGGAAGCUUAAAGCUUGGAGAUCAUACCUAUGCACACUUCAGGGAAAUUGAUCUUUAUACACGUUAUGUGACAUCAUUGUAUUUUGCCAUAGUAACUAUGGCAACAGUUGGUUAUGGAGACAUACAUGCAGUUAAUUCCCGAGAAAUGUUGUUCAUAAUGAUUUAUCUUUCCUUUGAUAUGAUUCUUGGAGCUUACCUUAUUGGUAACAUGACAGCAUUGAUUGUGAAAGGAUCAAAAACCGAAAGGUUUAGAGAUAAAAUGAAAGAGUUGAUUAAGUACAUGAACAGAAACAAACUAGAUAAGGAAACACGUGAACAAAUUAAAGCGCAUGCGCGUCUGCAGUAUGAGAGAAGCUACACUGAGGCCUCUGUUCUGCAAGACAUCCCGGCAUCAAUUCGAGCUAAGAUUUCCCAGAGGUUAUACAAACCAUUCAUUGAAAACAUUCCCUUAUUCAACGGUUGUUCCCCGGAGUUUUAUCACCAAAUAGUAAUCAACUUACAUGAGGAAUUUUUCCUCCCGGGGGAGGAGGUCAUGGAGCAAGAAAGUUCUGUAUAUCAGCUUUAUUUUGUUCGUCACGGUGUUCUUGAAGCAGUGAACAUUGAUAAGGGUGGAACCGAAACACCUGUUCAGAAAUUUGAGCAAAACAGUUCAUUCGGAGAAAUUCCCAUCCUUUGCAACACCAAGCAACUUUACGCAGUUCGUGCUUGUGACCUCUGCCAACUCCUUCGACUCGACAAACAAAUCUUCACAAAUAUUCUACAAACAUAUUUUGCUGAUGGCAGAAAAAUCUUGAGCAACCUUCUGGAGGGAAAUAAAAACAAUCUCGACAUUAAACAACUUGAAUCUGAUAUCACCUUCAAUAUCGAAAAGCAAGAAGCAGAAAGUGCUUUGAGAGUAAACAGUGCUGCUUUCUAUGGAGAUUUGAAUCACCUGAAAGUCCUGAUCAAAGAUGGAGCAGAUCCAAAGAAGACUGAUUAUGAUGGAAGAUCACCUCUGCAUCUUGCAGCAUCAGGAGGCAAUGAGGAUAUAACUUCAUUUCUCAUUCAAGAGGGAGUAGAUGUCAAUCUUACUGACAAGUUUGGAUGCACACCAUUGUUGGAGGCUAUCAAGAAUGGACAUGAGAAUGUUGCUUCAAUACUAUUCAGAGAAGGAGCAAGGUUGAGCUUAUCAGAUGCUGGCAGUCAUCUAUGUAUGGCUGUAGCCAAGGGAGAUGCCGAUUUUUUAAGAAGACUGUUAACUUAUGGCAUUGAUCCAAAUGCAAAAGAUUACGAUCACCGUACGCCACUUCAUGUAGCUGUUGCAGAGGGAUUAUAUUUCAUAGCGAAGAUACUUUUAGAAGCCGGUGCAAGUGUUCUUUCCCAGGACAGAUGGGGGAACACACCAUUAGAAGAGGCACACAAAUGCGGGAACCGAUCAUUGAUCAAACUCUUGGAAGAUGCCAAAUCCAAAGAACUCCAGCAACAGAGUCCGCAACUACAAGUUCACUUUCAUCAAAGAAGAUGCAUAGUGUAUCCUUUUCAUCCAUGGGAUUCCAAUGUAACAAAAAUGGAAGGUGUGAUGCUUUGGGUCCCAAACAGCAUUGAAGACCUCAUCAAAUUAUCAAAAGAACAACUCAAAUGUUCAGGUUCAUUCAUACUGUCAGAGGAUGGAGUAAGAAUACUUGAUGCAGAAAUGAUUGCUGAUGGUCAGAAAUUAUAUUUAGCUUCUGAUCAAGAUAGACCCAUGCAUUGUUGAACACACAUUUGAAUCACACAUUUCACAGCUUUUAAAACUCAAAACACAUUGAAAUUUGUGCAUAUGAUUUGUUGCAUCUCUGAUUCCUCUCUGUAAUCUCAUGUAAAGAAUGUCAUUAUACACUGAUGAAUUUAAUUUAAAGUUUUAUUUUCUUUGUA